AUGUCCGACUCUGACGCGGAGAGCGACGACGAGGACGCACCGGAGGAGUCGCUGCCCGCAACUCCGCCUGUUCGCCGCGGUCCUGCUAAGGCGGCACCGGGGGACAAGAACGCCGCCAAGGGCGGGGAGCCACCUCGACGCGCGCCAAAGACCCGAGAACCCAUGUCGGUGAAGCGCAGCGUGUGGUCGCCCACGGAGAGCACGAUCCUCGUGGCCGCCCGCUGGUUCAUGAAGGAUGAGCUGGGGCCGCUACUGGGGAAGCAGGGAUCCCAGUAUUGGGCCCGCCUUGUGCGACACAUCGAGACCGAGAAUCCCGGAUGGGUCCGCGGCGUCAACGCCGUGCAGAAGCAGUGGCGCAACCUCGUGUCCAUGUACAAGCAGUUGCAGAAGGCGGACAAGGCGUCCGGCAACGGGGUGGUGUCCCCCCCUCCGGUGUCACCUCCCUCUAAGCGCCCGCGUGUGGCGGAGACGGCUACCAUGGCCGCCGCCAAGCUGGUCUCCGAGACCAUUAAGGAUUGCCACGCGGAUGCGAUGGCAAAGCUGGAGGGGCUCGUCCGCGCCUGGAUGCAGCAAGACGCCGAGAUUGCCCGCGCCCGCAACCAGUGGCCGACCCCACCGCCACCAACCGUCAACGGAGUCCCCGCGGAUGCGGCCACACAGCCCGCUCCAACUGCCGCCGAAGGCGACGACGGAGGAUGGUUCCGUCACGGUGAGCAUGGUGGUGGCGGAGCUACUCCGGACGAGGCCGAGGAAGUGUGGGUUCGCGGCGACGCCGUGUAA